UCAAGAACCUGAGUGUCCAGCUUUGGCCCCACAUCCCGCCAUGAAAUCCGAGUAUCUUGGAUUUCUUUUAACCCUGAGGUUCACGCUGACGCUUGGUGCUGGGGACCAUCCCUAUGAAUGGGGGGGCAUCUUCGAAACGCCAGAGAGCAACUACAUGUGGACGGCGCAGAAGGUGAAUCAAAACUAUGCCGAUCCGAGCUUGACGAUGGUGGCUUGGCCAGUCACAACCUUCACAAAGGAGGCCUUGCAUGCUUUGGAGGAACAAGCAGAGGAUGCGAUGAACAUGACUUGCACUGACGUGCAGGCUGGAGGCACCAUUGUCCCUGCCAGCAACACUUGCUUCCGCUUGGUCUUCCAACAGAUUGCGUGGCAGUCCCUUUACAACAUCGACGCCAGCUCGGCAGCAGGCAUUGCCUUCUUCACCAACCACGUGCCCACCGAGUUUGAAGCUACGGCCCACUACCUCAAGGACGAUCAUGGCGACGACAUCGAGCCGAAGGCGACCAUCCCGGAGGCAGCGGCAAAAGCGACUGAAGAGACUACUGACUGGGGCCCUCCUAUGCUAGGAGCACUGACUGUGAACUUGGCCACCUUCAUUGGAGUGUUUCUGCUGUUCCCUCCUGUGAAGAAAAUGUCAGCGAGGCCUCUCUUUGGUGCCAUGCUCUUUGCCUUCGCAGCCGGUGCUUUGUUGGCCUGCGCCUUCUUCUUGCUCCUCUUUGAAGCCACUCACCUGGUGGCAGUGGGAUGGAGUGCUGAGGUUGAUGUGGUUUGGCGCUGGGGGACCAUGAUCUUGGCCGGCCUGGUCUUGCCACCUGUGGUGGAGACGAUUUGCAGUAUCAUCAUGCUGGCGGUCAAGGGUGGGUCUGCGGCCUCCCCCUCUGGUGAGGAGUCUUCUGUUGAGGCGGGAAAGGCAGAGACAGAGGAUCCAGUCGCCAAGUUUAGGGCCACAGCUCGGCUUGUAGGAGCCGUUGUCAUUGGAGACUUCUUCCACAACCUUUGUGACGGUUUUUUCAUUGGCGCAGCCUUCAAAGGCUGCGGAAACUCCUUUGGCUGGAGCGUGAUUGUCGGCACCAUUCUGCAUGAACUACCCCAGGAGGUAGCUGAUUUUGUGAUCUUAACGGGCCCAGAUGUUGCUUUGGGCAUCGCAAAGGCUUUGGCUGCAAAUUUCAUCAGUGGUACCAGCGUGCUCAUCGGAACUGCCAUAGUGCUUUCUGCACAAGUUGAUGACGCUACCAUUGGUUUGAUCCUAGCCUUUGGCGGCGGUGUGUACCUGCACCUGGGUGCCACAGAUUGCCUGCCCAAACUGUAUGACCCCAAGCUGGGCUUCGGGCAGCGUCUGGCAGCUUUUGCGGCUUUUGUGCUGGGAGCCAUUGUGAUCGGCUUGAUACUGAUUGGCCACGAGCACUGCGUCCCUGAAGGAGGCGAGGGUCAUGGAGGCCAUGGUGGGGGACACGGUGACGCACAUGGUGGUGGUCAUUAAGGGGCAAAAUUGCCAACGCCCGGCUGGGCAUUGAGGGGUAAGAUUCGCAAGGCCCUGCUGGGCAUUGAGGGGUAGCAUUUCGUCCUGCUGAGCAGGCUCUUCCACCAUUUUUGCACCUUGUUUUUGCAGUGGGAAGCUAUAUGGAGAUGGGUCGAACAGACCCAUACUUGUACAGACGGCCCUUAGCUUUCAUAUCCCGGCAGGUUUGAUUCAGGAAUUGCAUGGAAUUGCUGCAUCGUUUUCUUCAUGAUAUGCAAGCGCAAGGGCAACGUAGACCCUCCACGAUUGGAUAUCUACCGCAGUUGUGAAGUCUUCCCUCAGCUGAACUGAUACCGUUCUGCUGGCCUUCAAAAGUUGGCAACGCAGGUGACUCAGUGGGAAUGGUUACACAAGGACUGUGGAACCCCAAGUUCC